UUUAAUGUUUUUUAAAUCAUUUAUUUUAAAUGGCUCAUAUGCUGUGUUUGAGUUGAUGUUUGUAUUACACUUGCACUCUGCAAUUCAUUCAUCUAAUCACACUGUUCACAACUGCAGUAUUUGGGAAAAUAAUAACAAUAUGAAGAUUCCAGUUGCUCUGAAUACCUGCACCGCCAUUCAAUAUGAUCAUGGCUGAUCAUCCAACUCAGUAUCCUGCACCUGCCAUCUCUCCAUACCCCCUGAUCCCUUUAGCCACAAGGGCCACAUCUAACUCCCUCCAAAAUAUAGUCAAUGAACUGGCCUCAACUACCUUCUGUGGCAGAGAAUUCCACAGAUUCACCACUCUCUGUGUAAAAAAUGAUUUUCUCAUCUCGGUCCUAAUAGACUUCCCUCUUAUCCUUAAACUGUGACCCCUAGUUCUGGACUUCCCCUACAUCGGGAAUAAUCAUCCUGCAUCUAGCCUGUCCAACCCCUUAAGAAUUUAGUAAGUUUCUAUAAGAUCCCCCCUCAAUCUUCUGAAUUCUAGCGUGUACAAGCCGAGUCUAUCCAGUCUUUCUUCAUAUGAAAGUCCUGACAUCCCAGGAAUCAGCCUGGUGAACCUUCUCUGUACUUCCUCUAUGGCAAGAAUGUCUUUUCUCAGAUUAGGAGACAAAAACUGUACAUAAUACUCCAGGUGUGGUCUCACCAAGACCCUGUACAACUGCAGUAGAAGCACCCUGCUCUUAUACUCAAAUCCUUUUGCUAUGAAUGUUAACAUAGUGUUAUAUGGACCUGUGUCUGAAAUAAAGCUUUAUAUAUAUAUAUUGAAUGGCGGUGCUGGCUCGAAGGGCCGAAUAGCCUACUCCUGCACCUAUUGUCUAUGUUUCUAUGUUGAAUCUGUCCACAUAUGUCAGCCCCUCCAUCCCAGGGAUCAACCUGGUGCCUCAAUAACAAGGAUGUCCAAAACUGUAACGCUCCAGAUGUCCCUCUAACCCUCCGCCCAUUGGCCAGGCCGUCUGUCCGUCUCCCUCCUCCUCCAAUGAGCAACGAUGAACUCCUCCGCCCAUUGCCCAAGGCCAAUGUCCGUUGCCAUUUCCUCCUCCAAUCACUGCCUGUGGGAGGCGGGAGAACCACCAACUCAUUCCCUCAUUGGAUGAUCUAGCUGCCCAUCACCCAUAUAAUCAGCCACAUCUAGAGGCGGGACAGUCACCAACUACCCCGCCCAUUGGCCCAUCCAACCCUCAGACCCUCCCCCCUCCUCAUUGGAUGGUCUGUCCGCCCCUCUCCCCUCUCCAUCCAACCAGCAACGACAGGGGACGGGCCAAUCUGCAACCUCCGCCCAUUGGGUGGUCCUUCCGUCCGUCAAAUCGUCUAUAGCCCAUCAGCCCAGCCAUAGGAUGAUCCGUCCGCCCAUCACUCAGUCCCCAUCCAAUCAGAGCCUAUAGGUGGGGGAUGUCUCUCUAACCCUCCGCCAAUUGGCCGGGACCGCCGUCAGUCUCCUCGUCCAAUCAGCGCGGAAAGGGGCGGGAUUUUGGGACAUUUGGUGCCAGAUCUUUGGUUGGUGCAUAGAACCGCCGCCAUCUUGAUCGCCGCCGCCUUCACCGUCUCCUCUCAGGUUUAGGAGCCGCUGCUGUGGACGGAGAGAGGGGACAUGAGUGGCCAUUGACGGCGGCCAGGGUGCAGGUGAGCCCCCCCACCCCCAUCUACUCGGUGUGCGGGCUGAGCUUCGAGGGGCUGCGCUUUGAUGGAGGACCACAUGAUGGGGCACAACGAGGAGAGGCAUUAUGAGUGUGACGUGUGUUGUAAGGCCUGGGAGAGCCCGAGCGAUCUGGAGAUCCACCGGCGGGGUCACACGGGAGAAUGUCCCUUCGACUGCUCAGAGUAGUCGGCAAGACCUUCAAGACGGCGAAUGUCCUGAAGACACACCGGCAGGUGCACACGGGCGAGAUGCCCUAUGGCUGCUCUACCUGCAGCAAGACCUUUGCCCAGUUGUCGGGGCUGAGGAACCACCAGAGGGUGCACAGCAGUUAGCAGCCCUUCACCUGCUCCGACUGCGGCAAAGGCUUCAAGUCGUCGCCAGAGCUGAAGCAGCACCGGUACACCCACACAGGGGAGCGCCCCUACAUCUGCGCCCAGUGCGGCAAGGACUUCACGUAUUCCAGCAGCCUGCUGCAACACCAGCACCCCACACCGGGGAGCGCCCCUAUACCUGCACCCAGUGCGGCAAGGGAUUCACCUCCUCCAGCAACCUGCCCUCCCACCAGCGCAUCCCCACCGGCGAGCGCCCCUACACCUGCGCCCUGUGUGGCAAGGGCUUCACCCAGUCUAGUCACGUGCUGGAGCCCCAGUGAACCCACACUGUCAAGCGUCCCUACACCUGUGCCCAGAGCGGCAAGGGCUUCACCCGCUCUGGCACUCUGCUGGAGCACCAGCACACCCACACCGGCGAGCGCCCCUACACCUGCGCCCAGUGCGGCAAGGGCUUCACCCAGUCCAGCAGCCUGAUGAAGCACCAGCGCACCCACACCGGUGACCC